AACGAACCUUAACUUAUUAAAUGCCAUACCACAUGUAUUCUAUUUAAGUAUUAUUAAUAGCCCCUUCCCACAUGUAUUCUAUUUAAAUAUGCAUUAUAAUAUGCGAGGAUAUCAUUAGUGAGCGAGCUAUGAAGCCGGCAACUGUGCGUUUGUUAAUAGUGGCGGCGUUUCUGGUGCUGGCACCGGUCAUAGGCCGAAAAUCGAAAUCCCGAUUCACAAAUCUGAAGUGCGAGUCCUAUGAUCCAAGUUUCUCGACAUUCAAGAAGUGCAAGCUCAAUGUACUCGGCAGAGGCGUGGUCGCCGUCGAUAUAAACAUAAAUCUGCUAAAACUUCCGAUAUAUAAUGUACACAUCAACUGGAGCAUAUGGCGUCGCUAUAAUACCUACCAACCGUUUCUGCAUAAUGCCAGCUGUGAUUUCUGCCAUUUGCUGUCACACCCGAACAAGAUCGCAUUCGAGUCACUUGUGCUUAAAGCCAUUCAGACGAGAGCGAAUAUAAAUCACACUUGCCCCUACAAUCACGACGUCAUUGUGGAUAAUUUGGUGUUCACUGAUUCAUUCCUGCAAACGCUGCCACUGCCCCAAGGCGAUUAUAAGAUACAAUUGCGAUUUGCUACGGACAAAACAUGGAGACUAAUGGUGGAAGUAUUCAUCUUGCGAGAUGAAUAGAACGAUUGAAUUAAACGAAUAAAUAUGGUGUUUGACAAUUUUAUA